GGGCAUCAAAUUCUAUUCUCUGAUGCUCGCUUUCACACCAGAAACUCCAAAAAGCUUUUAGCAUGCAAUUUUGUUCACUAAUCACAUCCACUUAAUGAGCUUCAAUUUGGUAAUCAAUCAGGACUCACCAAUGGAAUAGAAUUUCUCAAUUUUUUUGCAACAUGAAGCUGCAAAAUUCAGGAUCUAUGAUUGGUAACAACCAGUCUCAGUUUCAAAAAAUUCGUAUACCUGGAGAUGGAAGGUGCCUAUUCCGGUCAGUAAUUCACGGCGCCUGGUUAAGAGCAGGGAGGCAAUCACCGAGCGACAGCCUUCAAAAGGAACUUGCAGAUGAGCUUAGAAAUAAAGUAGCAGACGAAUUCGUUAAGAGAAGGGCAGACACUGAAUGGUUUGUGGAAGGUGAUUUUGACACAUAUGUUGUACAGAUGCGGCAGCCACACAUUUGGGGAGGAGAGCCUGAGCUGCUAAUGUCUUCUCAUGUGCUCAAGAUGCCAAUUACAGUUUACAUGCGCGACAAAACUUCUGGUACCCUCAAAAUUAUAGCUGAAUAUGGUCAAGAAUAUGGCAAGGAGAACCCAAUACGUGUCCAGUACCAUGGAUAUGGACACUAUGAUGUGUUGCGCAAUCCAGUUGGUGGAACUCCAUCCAAGCUGAGCAAGAAAAGAUGGUGCAGCUGAAAAAGGAGAUAGUAUUAGUUGUGAUUUGCAGUCAUAGUGUUGUCAUACGCAGAUUCAGGACCUGUAUAUGUGAAGAUUACUCUUUGGUAUUUGAAGUGGUUGAUUAUAUUCAUGGCUUUACAAACUAUCUCAGUAAUAAAAUAUGGAAUUUGACCAACCGAAUUAGAUGAUGGAAUACCUGAACCCCCCUUCACUUUUAGAAUCUAACAAAUGUUGUUGUAAAUCUUCAUCUUCGUUUGACAGAUAAUUUUAUGGUUCACAACUAUUGAAACAAGCCGGAUUCUUGGGAGUUCUAAGUUUAGAUUAAU